UACAGGAGAUGACCAGAGACUGCGGACACAGUACAGGAGAUGACCAGAGACUGCGGACACAGUACAGGGGAUGACCAGAGACUGCGGACACAGUACAGGAGAUGACCAGAGACUGCGGACACAGUACAGGAGAUGACCAGGGACUACGGACACAGUACAGGGGAUGACCAGAGACUGCGGGACACAGUACAGGAGAUGACCAGAGACUGCGGACACAGUACAGGGGAUGAUCAGAGACUGUGGACACAGUACAGGAGAUGACCAGAGACUGUGGACAAGAGAUGACCAGAGACUGCGGACAUACUACAG